CAGGAUCGAAAAAAUAAGAAUAAGAGUAUUAAAUAUUCAAUCAUCUUAACAACGAACAUUGCGUUAAUUAAAAAACCUGAUAGCCGACUAAUAUCUUGGAUGCAAACACCAGUAUCAGUGUUCCUCGUAAUACGAAUCAAUAUUCUUGGGCUCAUGUAUUUCUUUAAUUGUCUAGUACGUAUGUUUUCUUAUAUAUAUACCGAUUAGUUUACUGCUUUACUUGAGUCUUGAUAUAUACCACCUCGUAGUUCUUGAUUUUAUAGUCAAAAGCCAGUCGAUUCUGUUAAAUCUUUCCAUGAUGAAUUGGUGCUCUAUCUUUUUAUUUUCUCUCUUCUUAUACAUGAUCAGCAACCAUUUCCUUCAUAUGUUCCAUAGAUUGCCACCAAGGCCUUUUCUCUCACUACCCAUAAUCGGGCAUCUGUAUCUCUUAAAAAAACCUCUUCAUAGAACCCUAGCAAAGAUUUCCAACAAGUAUGGCCCUGUUGUGUUUCUUGAAUUUGGUUCACGAAAAGUCCUCGUUGUCUCAUCUCCUUCUGCUGCUGAAGACUGCUUUACAACCAACGAUUUAGUCUUUGCAAAUCGGCCAAAGCUACUUGCCGGAAAACACCUUGGUUACAACUACACCACCCUUACUUGGGCCUCGUAUGGACACCAUUGGCGAAACUUAAGAAGAAUUGCUUCGAUUGAAAUUUUGUCCAACAAUCGUAUUCAUAUGUUUACAAACAUUCGUCGUGAUGAGGUUCUCUCUCUAAUGUCCACGUUACACAAGAGCUCUAAAAACCCUGGAUUCGUGGUCGUUGAAAUGAAGUCAUGCUUUUUUAACGUUACGUUGAACACGAUAAUGAGAAUGAUCACAGGAAGGAGACGCUUAUAUAGCGACAACAAGGGAGAACCGGAGGCUGCAAGAAAGUUCCAGGAAAUGGUGGAGGAAACUUUCCGGUUGAGUGGUGCAUCAAAUAUCGGAGACUUUGUGCCUCUAGCAAAGUGGAUUGGUGUAAACUCGAUUGAAAAGAAGAUGGUAAAACUAAAUCAAAAGAAGGAUUCCUCCAUUCAAGACAUGAUUGAAGGGCACAGGAGAAUGAGAAGUCAUGAUUCUUUGACUAUUAUCGAUGUCCUGUUGUCCUUGCAAGAAACUGAUCCGGAAUACUAUACAGAUGAAAUCAUUCGAGGCUUGAUACUAGUGAUGAUCUCAGCUGGAACUGAUACUUCAGCAGGAACCCUAGAGUGGGCUUUAACUCUUCUACUGAACCACCCGGAUUCCCUAAAAAAGGUUGUUGACGAAAUCGACAAGAAAGUGGGUUCUUCAAGACUUAUGAACGACUCCGAUCUUCCUAAUCUUCCCUAUCUUCAUGGAGUUAUAAACGAAACACUUCGUAUGUGCCCAGCUGCACCACUGAUUCCACCCCACGAAUCCACAGAAGAAUGCAUCGUCGGUGGUUUCCUCGUCCCACCGGGAACAAUGGUUUUGGUGAACCUUUGGGCGAUGCAAAAUGAUCCGAAGCUGUGGGAGGAGCCGGAAAGAUUUAAGCCGGAGAGGUUUGUUGAUCAGGUUGAAGGGCAGAGGGAUCAUGGGUUCAAGUUUAUGCCGUUUGGGUCAGGGAGAAGGGGGUGUCCUGGUGAAGGUUUGGCCAUGCGAAUGGUGGGGUUGACCCUAGGGACUCUGGUUCAGUGUUUUGAGUGGGAGAGAAUUGGUGUGGAGAAGGUGGAGAUGAAGGAAGGACCGGGUCUCACGAUGCCAAAAGCCCGACCUUUGGUAGCUAAAUAUAGACCACGUCCGCACAUGGUGGAUCUUCUUACUCGCUUAUGAUAUGAGUUUGCGGAAACAAUGUCCAGAAUUCAGCCAUCUAGCUGGCUUUCAAAAUUGGGUAUGUAAUAGGUGUUAUGAAAAAUGUUAUUAUUAACUAAACGCUCCAAAAAUUGGGUAUGUAAUAGGUGAUAACCCUACAAGAAAAUUAGGGCAACAGCUACUGCAUAAUUCGUAGUUAUUCUGUAGCUAUAAGAUGAUACCUACGGAUUGGCUACGGAAAAUGCCCUGUAGCAUAAAUGCCCGUGGGAAAUUUAUGCGUACAGAAUUUCAACAGACUAGCUACAAAAUAACUACGGUUUUUUCCGUAGGUAUAAUACCAACGGAAUAGCUACGGAAAUACAUAAUUAC